GGUUUUGGAGUUGGGGACACAGAGGAUCCGAAGCCCGCUAUACUCCAACAGAAAAGGAGAUACUGGCAGCAUAUGAAGGGGUUCGAGCUGCUUCAGAAGUGGUUGGUACAGAAGCACAGCUCCUCUUAGCACCUCGGCUGCCAGUGCUGGGUUGGAUGUUCAAAGAAAGGGUCCCUACCACACAUCAUGCAACGGAUGCUAUAUGGAGUAAGUGGAUUGCACUGAUCACUCAGCGAACUCGAAUGGGAAACCCCAGUUGCCCAGGAAUUCUAGAGGUGAUUAUGGACUGGCCAGAAGGCAAGGAUUUUGGAAUGUCACCGGAGGAGGAGGUGAUGCGUGCAGAAGAGGCUCCACCAUAUAAUGAACUACCAGAUGAUGAGAGGAGAUAUGCCCUGUUCACUGAUGGGUCCUGCCGGAUUGUGGGAAAGCAUAGGAAGUGGAAGGCUGCUGUGUGGAGUCCUACAAGACAAGUUGCAGAAGCCACUGAAGGACAAGGUGAAUCAAGCCAAUUUGCAGAGGUGAAAGCAAUUCAGCUGGCUUUGGACAUUGCCGAGCGGGAAAAAUGGCCGGUACUUUAUCUCUACACCGAUUCAUGGAUGGUGGCAAAUGCUUUGUGGGGGUGGUUACAGCAGUGGAAGCAGCAGAAUUGGCAGCGCAGAGGCAAACCUGUCUGGGCUGCGGAAUUGUGGCAAGAUAUCGCUGCCCGGGUAGAGAAUCUGGUUGUGAAAGUACGUCAUGUAGAUGCCCAUGUACCCAAGAGCCGGGCCACUGAGGAACAUCAGAAUAACCAGCAAGUGGAUCGGGCUGCCAAGAUUGAAGUGGCUCAGGUGGAUCUGGACUGGCAACAUAAGGGCGAAUUAUUCUUAGCUCGAUGGGCCCAUGACUCUUCAGGCCAUCAAGGGAGAGACGCUACGUAUAGAUGGGCUCGGGACCAAGGGGUGGAUUUGACCAUGGACACUAUUGCACAGGUCAUCCAUGAAUGUGAGACAUGUGCUGCAAUCAAGCAAGCCAAGCGAUUAAAGCCCCUUUGGUAUGGAGGAUGAUGGCUGAAAUACAAAUAUGGGGAGGCCUGGCAGAUUGAUUAUAUUACACUUCCACAGACCCGUCAAGGCAAGUGCCAUGUGCUCACAAUGGUGGAAGCAACCACUGGAUGGCUGGAAACAUACCCUGUGCCCCAUGCCACCACCCGGAACACCAUCCUGGGCCUCGAAAAGCAAGUUCUGUGGCGACAUGGCACCCCAGAGAGAAUUGAGUCGGACAACAGGACUCAUUUCCGAAACAGUCUCAUUGACACCUGGGCCAAAGAGCAUGGUAUUGAGUGGGUU